GUGCUGUUCAGUUGAACGGAGGGGCGGAUGGAGGCGCUCGCUCGGCCAAAAAGUCGACGAGAGACGACUAGGGCGGGGCGUUCCUCGCACGACACUUGAGCAACUUUGCUUUCAUUCCAAUCCGCAUCGACCCUCGACCCUCACCAUCCAUCUCGUCGAGGCGUCACCCACUACAUUACGCAACAGCACGACAUUAUCUCUUCCUCAUCCGCCUCAACUCAACAUCAUGUCCUCCUCAUCCUACUCACCCAUUCCCCUUGACAUCCGCUCCCCUCUCUCAGCCACACUGCAAACCUCCAUCCAGCAUAACCUCGCCUCGCGGGGCUACGCGACAGAGGAUGACCCCGUCAUGGCCGAGUACAUCCUGGUCAUGCUAGCGAACAGUAAGGCGAAGGAACAAAUUGACGCAGAGCUUUCAGAUCUGAUUGGGGCGGACACGUACGAGGCGAGCUUCACGGAGUGGCUGUGGAGCGAAGCGCAGAGGGUACUGAGCGGGGGUGAGCCAGGGCCGUCAAUACCUGUAGGAGAGGCAGGACCACCGCAGGCUGAGGUGUCGAUGGAUGCUGCGGUGGAUGCCGAUACUAGGUCACCGCCACCGGCAGCGCUGCGUCGCUCCUCUCGCUCACCAGAGCUGCAGCGCAGACGCUCCCAGUCGCCACCCUCGCGCAGCCGCGCAGGUGGAUGGGAAGGGCGCAAUGACGACGGUGGCUACGGACGAGGCUACAGACAGGAUCGUGGUGGACCAAGAGAUCGCGACUCAAGAUACGGCGCUCCUCGUCCGCCUCGAGAGCUCUUCGAUUCAGCGUUGGGCGCCGCAGGGACGAGUGGGAGGGAACGUCGUGCGAUGAGGGAAGGCAGAGGACAGCAAGGCGACGAGGUGGGAGAACGAAGGCUGGCUAUGGAUGACGAGCAACUUCAAGCGCCGCACCGCGAGGUCAGAAUACGUGGCUCUGCUCCUACUGCCCCCGACGCAGUGCCUACUGGCCCUCGCGAGCUCUUCGCUCGCUCCAUGAACGCAGCUGCUCAGCCACCAAGAGGUCUUCGCAACAAUGGCCGCAAUGGCCAUCAAGCACCUCCAAAUGGAAGCGGGCUGAGUCUUCUAGCAAGAGCGGGGGUCCCCGACCCACGCGCGGCAGCGUUCGUACCUACGGGCCCCGCUUCGGCCGGCUCGAGUAUGCCCAACACGCUCUUCUCGCGCAUUGACCCAAUGUUGCCCAACAACGCGCCGCCGCCAUCCGCUGAGUCAACCCAGUCCAGCUCGGCGCUUCCCACUCAACCGACACAAACAUCCCUCUGUCGCUGGUCCCUCGGCUGCACCGCCCCGACAUGCGCCUACUCCCACCCAUCACCCAGCGCCGCCCUGGCACGUCGCAGGGCGGGCGAGUCAACAACGGCCACCGCAGACGACCCCGUGAUCACGAGCGAGCGUCCCUGCUUCUACGGGGUGGGUUGCACAAACAAGGAGUGCGGGUUUAGCCACGUCAGUCCCGCUGUGCUCUUUGCGCAAAUGAAGAGCAGUCGUAACGCGGCAGAGACCGCCGCAGCUGCGGUCGAUACCACUGCGACGCCCUGUCGCUUUGCGGAUAAGUGCAGCAAUGCCUCAUGCGGGUACGCACACUUCGAUGCAGAAGGAAAGCCGGCACCUAGCCCUGCGCUGGCGAGAUUGUUGCGACCUGCGACACAGAAUGACGGACAAGCGGCGGGGAUGCAACAAGACGAGAGCGAAGGUGAUGUGGAGAUCAACACAGAGAUGGUAGAUGGUGAGGCCGCUGAUGGGGACAUGGCGAUGGAGCGAGGCGCAGAUGGGAAACCCCUCGCCCUCGAUCGCCCUCUGGACGGCGGCGCUUCGACGCCCAACGGCUCAUCAGGAGGUGCUAAGCCCUGCAAGUUUGGCAGCGGCUGUAUGCGACAUGACUGCUGGUUCUCGCAUCCUGAGUGGAGGAAGACCACAGCCCAGGUUGACGAGAACGGUAAUGCCGACGCCGGCGCUGGUGGCGGGAAACUGCACAUUUCCGACCGUUUGAGUCGCUUUGACCGCGAUGGGGAGAUGGAUGGAGAUGCAGAGGUGGAGAGGAUCAUACCCGUAGCAUGAUGCGAAGGACGAGCGGUGAGGUCGAUAAUCUGUGAUAUUCUUGUGCUACCUUAUCCAAAUGCCACGCCUCAGCGACACGUCCCUUGCCCUCCGUCAUCCUCGAUGA